UGGAAUGUGGUUCGGAGAGGUCCUCAGGAGGCGGGGAGCUUGGAGUGGGAGUCCUGAGUUUGGGAAAGAGUGGCCUGGGGUUGAGAAUUAUCGACUUCCCAAUCUUGGGGACAGAACUCGAACUUGGACUGGAAAGGCCGGGGCUGAGGUCCAGCACCCGUGCUCCAAAGCGCGGACGGAGCUGGGAAGCUGGGCGCGUUAAGACGGAGACAGAACAAGGCUGAGAUCAGCGUCCCCGGAUGUGGAGCGCACAGGCUGGGAUCCCCGGGUGCGAUCCUCAGUCUGCAGGGCGGAGGGGUGGGGUGCAAUGCCUGGAGGUGGGGAGAUGGCAGGCUGUGGCCCGGGGAGUCCUGAAUUGCGCCGAGAAGCCGGAGGGGUGUUACUUUUCCUCCUCGGGGCCCGGCCGCCCAUUCCCGAUCUCUGUGUCAGGCCAUCCCCAAGGUGGCCCCAGUGUUAACCGCCAUCCACGCGACACCACGGGAGCCCUGGCCCGGCCUCUUCCUCCUGGGCAGUCCGGACUUCCUCCUAACGGGUCCUCGAGGGAGGGGCGUGGGGGCGGCACCUGCCAGGUGUCCUGGGACACCGCCCUUCCUGGAGCUGCUGAGUGGUGUGGCUGCGUAUCUCUGUACUGAGCCUCUCGCCAGGCGCACACAGGGAUUAAGGUUCCCGGCCACUCCUCUUGGGGGGGGGGCAGGUGUCCAGCCCAUCCUCCUGGGGACCCAGAACUCACAUGUUGGACGUCCCAGAAACGUGUCUGACUUCAUCCGCCUCCGCAGCCCGAUCUUUCUCUGUCGGGGUCCUCAGCUAAGACCGCUGCCAUGCCGGUGACAGUGACCCGCACGACCGUCACAACCACCACCACGUCAUCUUCAGGCCUGGGCUCCCCGACCAUCCUGGGGUCCCCUCGGGCACUGACCCAGCCCCUGGGCCUCCUCCGACUGGUACAGCUGCUUUCCACUUGCGUGGCCUUCUCAUUGGUGGCCAGUGUGAAUGCUUGGUCAGGGUUCGCCGGUCACUGGUGUAUGUUCUCCUGGUGCUCCUGCUUUGCCGUGACCCUCAUCAUCAUCAUUGUGGAGUUAGGUGGGCUCCAGGCUCGCUUCCCACUGUCCUGGCGCAACUUCCCCAUAACCUACGCCUGCUACGCCGCCCUCUUCUGCCUCACGGCCUCCGUCAUCUACCCUACCAUCUACGUCCAGUUCCUGUCUCACGGCCGCUCAAGGGACCAUGCCAUCGCCGCCACCUUCUUCUCCUGUGUCGCUUGUGUGGCUUAUGCCACUGAGGUGGCCUGGACCCGGGCCCGGCCCGGCGAGAUCACUGGCUACAUGGCCACGGUGCCAGGCCUGCUCAAAGUGGUCGAGACCUUCGUGGCCUGCAUCAUCUUCACCUUCAUCAGUGAGCCCAGCCUGUACAAUCAGAAGCCGGCCCUGAAUUGGUGCGUAGCCGUCUACGCCAUCUGCUUCAUCCUGGCUGCCGUGGCCAUCCUGCUGAACCUGUGUGACUGCACCAACGUGCUCCCCAUCCCCUUCCCCACGUUCCUGUCCGGGCUGGCCCUGCUCUCUGUCCUCUUCUAUGCCUCUGCCAUGGUCCUCUGGCCUCUCUACCAGUUCGACGAGAGGUACGGUGGCCGUCCAGAGCGGCGGAAGGAUGUUAGCUGCCAGAACAAGCACAGCUCCUAUGUGUGCUACUGGGACCGCUGCCUGGCUGUGACCAUCUUGACGGCCAUCAACCUGCUGGCUUAUGUGGCCGACCUGGUGUACUCGGCCCGUCUGGUUUUUGUCAGGGUCUGAGGCUCUGACCAGGAAGAAGCUCCCGAAUCCCACUUCUUUCCCCGGGUGUCUUUAAUGAGUUCUGAUUUCCUCUGAUGUCCUCUUCCUGGGUCCCUCUUUUCCCCUUCUCUUCUCUUUCCCAUUCAGCUCACUGUCUCCUAUCUCUUUCACCUGCUCCCCCCUGUCCUGAUGCUCUGCCUCCUUCUUUUACUGCCUUUUUUUUUUUUUUGGUUGCUCACAUCCUGUUUUGCCUUUCUCUUUUCACUCUCUUUUCUACUUAGUGUGUUGCUUGGUUCUUUUCUGGUCAUCCUGUUGGUGUUCUCACCUACCUUCUUUCCUGACUGCUUCCCAUUUUCCUUCUUUCAAUAUCCUCGGGAGCCCUGAGACUUCUCUGUUCACCCCCCCACUGCCACCCCCCACUCCAAAGGUGCUGAGCUCCACAUCCCACACCCCUCUUCACAGCUGUUCAGACCCUGGGCCCCCUGAGGGGCCUCAUUGCCAAAGCAUGUGCCCACCCUGGCUGUGCCUUAGUAGGUGUGUGUGUAUGUGUGUAUGUGUGUUUGGGGGGUGGGGUGGGUGGGUAGCUAUGGAUUGGCCUCCCUUUCUCCCAGUGGAAGGGGGUAUACAGUGCACCUCUUUUUUAAGUUAAAAAAAUGCCUGGAGGUUAAUAAUUUCUAGUGUGUGGGAGGCUUAAAUCACAGACCCCGACUGCUUAGUCCCUGCCCGACACUCAGCCUUACCUGAGAUUGGCUCCAGAAUUUUUGCCAGGCUUAGUAAAACCUUGUGCCUAGAGGCCCUCUUAAAGAAAGCAGAGAGUGAUGGAUGCCUUCCACCCCAGCUGCUCUCUGGAUGUCAAGAUUCCUGAAGUGUUUGUGAGGGGCAGGCAUGUGGGGCUCCAGCUGUAGUAUUAAAAACAGCAUGCACUGCCUUUGCAGGGGUGGGGGGAAUGACCACUGCUAGCCUUACUCAGACUGGUAGCCAGGGUUUUUCCUUCUUCCUGUCACAAGGGCAGACAUUACUGGGUGGUCCUAUUCUUAAAGGGGAAGUUUCUUUUCCAUUGAAAAAAAAAAAUUUGUGGGUGGGUUGGGUAAGUGGGGAUUGCCAUUGCCCUAGUGAGGAUUUGCACUGCUUGAGUGUGUGACACACGCAUGUUUCUGUGUGCUAGGUGCUUCCUGCUGCUACUUCCUGCUUCUCUGGAACCCACACCCAUAACAUGAUAUAUAUAUAUAAAUGUACAAAUAUAUAUUUUAUUUUUUUUAAUUCCUUGGAGCUUCUGGUUCCCAUCAGCCUCUGCCGUCAACUACAGAGGGAAGCCUUGUCCCUUCCUCCACUCCCACACUCGUCAUGUUCUUUAUUUUAUUUUUUACCUCAAUAUAAAGAUAAAAGGAA